AAUAUCGUCAAAUUGAUUGUCGAAACUGGUCGGAACGGUUAUAUUUGCAGUGACUAAGUACAUAAGUUGGACCCGGAGCCAGUGUAGAGGUGGUAUACUCGUACAGUCAGUUUUAUUUCGCAGUUUCGUUACAUACGCGGUUACAAGCAUGUCAAGAGCGUACGAUAUCGUGAUUUUUGGUGCUACCGGCUUCACCGGCAAGCACACCAUUCCCCAGGUGGAGAAGCUAUCCAAAGAAAAUGGCAGGAACUAUUCCUGGGCGGUGGCUGGCCGGUCAGAGUCCAAACUGCUGGCGGUUCUCAAGGAAAUGGGCGACAAAAUCGGCAAAGAUCUGUCAAAAACACCUUUGAUUAUUGCUGAUGUCAAUGAUGUUCAAUCUUUGGCUAACAUGGCAAUGCAAGCAAGAAUCAUCAUCAACACUUGUGGUCCUUACAAGUUCUUUGGUGAACCUGUUGUCAAGGCCUGUGUUGAGAAUGGUUGCCACCAUGUUGAUGUAAGUGGUGAGCCCUUCUUCAUUGAGAAUAUGCAGUUGAAAUACCAUGAGGAGGCCCAAAAGAAAGGAGUCUAUAUCAUCAGUGCAUGUGGUUUUGAUAGUGUGCCUGCUGAUUUAGGUCUCAUGUAUUUGCGAUCGCAGUUUGAAGGCACUCUGAAUUCCGUUGAGACUUACCUGACCAGUGGGGUGGUUGGUGGGCCAUAUCCUGGCCCUUCAAUUAACUAUGGAACUUGGGAAUCCGCCGUUCAUGGUGUCGGUGCGUUCGCAGAACUUAAAGACUUGCGUCGUAAAUUGUACCCGACUAAACUCCCGAAAUUCAAUCCAAAAUUGUCUCUCAGGGGCGCUGUCCACAAGUGCUCUUUCAAUAACAAGUACGCUUUACCCUUUAUGGGUUCUGAUCGUAGCGUCAUGCAACGUACACAGCGCUUUUUAUACGAAGAAGAAAAAUUACGCCCGGUACAAGUUGGUACUUACUUCUGUGUUGAUAGUAUCAUUUCUAUUUUGAUCAUGGCUGUAAUGGGUGGCAUUUUUAUGACGUUGAGCAAGUUUGAAUUCGGUCGCAACUUGCUACUUAAGUAUCCGGGAUUUUUCUCUUUGGGAUUCUUCUCCCAUGAGGGUCCAUCCGACGAGAAAAUGCAGAACACCAAAUUUGCUAUCACUUUGAUUGGAGAGGGCUGGUCUACUAAACAGGAUGAUUGCAAUGCCGAUUUUCCAACAUCGCCUGACAAAAAAGUUAUUGCUCAGGUUAAUGGCACCAAUCCUGGUUACGGGGCUACUUGUAUGGCACUUACAUUGUGCGCUCUAACUAUUUUGGAUGAUCCUGCAAAAUUGCCGAAAAAAGGUGGAGUGUACAGCCCAGGCGCCACCUUCCAUAAUACUUCUAUCAUCAAGGAGCUUCACAAAAAUGGACUGACUUUCGAAGUUGUUGAGAAGAAGUAGAUGUCUAAUUGUACUUCAAGUGGGUAACUGCUUUUGCUUUAUCAUUCAAAGGUGAAUGUAUAAUUGCUAUUGCUUAAUAAUAGGUAAAUAUGGAACUAUAUUCUUUUAUAUCUACUGUAUAUGAUGUAACUAAUUAAUUAAAAGGGAAACAUACUAUUA